AUGCGGAGAUCAUCGACCCACGAAGUCGGGAUGGCGGCGGCGACUGAUGAAGUGGGUCGGCGUACAGUGUGGAAGCUCGAUAUCAUCCUGCUGCCCUUCCUCGCACUGCUGUUCAUGCUGAAUAGCCUGGACAAGAGCAACAUCGGAAAUGCCGAGACCGCGGGCUUUACAAAGGACACGGGACUUUCCAGGAGCGAUGUCAACGACUCCAUGGCCGUCUUCUUCUUCGUCUUCGUCCUGUUACAACCCAUCGGCGCCGGGCUGGGAAGAAGCAUCGGCAUGAGAAGAUAUGUGCCGGUGUGUAUGACGCUGUGGGGUUUCAGCACGAUACUACACAUACUGGUGAGGAAGAGAUGGCAUUUGAUCGUACUCCGGUGUGUGAUUGCGGUGCUGGAAAGCGGAUUCUACCCGACCACCGUGUCUUAUAUGAGUCUGUUUUAUACAAAGUAUGAGUUUGCAGUGCGCCUCGGCAUCUUCUAUGGGAUGACGGCCGUGAGCGGCGUGCUGGGAGGUGUAUUGAGCUGGGCGAUAUUCUCCCAUUUCCCCGAUGAUGGAGACCCCUCGGAUACACCGCAGUUCCCUCCUCCCGGUGUUGGGGUGGAGACGCUGAAGCAAGCACAUUGGAAGAGCUGGGAGAUACUUUUUCUGGUUGAAGGAUGUAUGACUAUGACGGUUGCUUUGAUUGGGUUUGUGUGGCUUCCACGAUCCGCAGAAACAGCAUGGUUCUUGAACAGAGAAGAGAGGGUAUGGGCAGAGAAACGCAUGCAGUUGGAUGUUGUCCGCUCAAGAGAGACAUCAAAAGAAGUAAAUGAGGAGGAAGAGCCGCUUACUCGCCCGCUCACAAGCGACUCCCGUGGCGAUGAGCAGGGUACAGAGGCACACGAUCGAUUACUGCAGGACUCUGAAAACAACAUGCUGAGGAGCUGGCGCUCAAAUGCAUCUGCAAGAUCGAUCACUGCUGAUUCUGGAUUAUCAAGCCAGGACAUUCUUGAAGCCGUCUUCAACUACAAGAUCUGGCACCUUUUAUUCGUAAACAUCUUGAGCGCAAUUCCGGCCACGGCAUUUGGAGUGCUCCUCCCAAUCUUGGUCAAGGAGUUAUCUCCUUCAUUGCAUCUCUCCGCCGCAGCAUCAAACCUCCUUUCGGCACCGCCAUUUGCAUGCGGCGCCAUCUUACUCUUCGCAUUCACACUUUGGUCAGAUCGGAGCCGUCAACGUUUGGUCCCAAUCCUGUGGGGUCUCAUCAUCCUGCUGAUUGGUCUUGCAAUGGCCGUAUUUGCGCCUGUGGAUAACUAUUGGCUCCGCUACGCAUCUCUAUGCGUCCUGCUUUCGGGCUCGUUCAUCGCAUCGCCUCUGACGGUUGCAUGGCUUGCCAACAACACUCCAGAACCGGGUAAGCGGGCUAUCCUACUGGGCAUCAACGGCUGGGGGAAUCUGGCAGGUGUUUUCAUGUCUGUCCUCUUCACUCCUGCGGAUCGAGAUACUGGUUAUGUUCGGCCGUUCACGAUUGUAUUCAUCUGCGUGUUGGUUUCCUUUGCGGGCUUCGUGGCGUUUCGCGUCUUUCUCAUCAGGGAGAAUAGGCAUCGCGAUAACGUCACCCGAAGCUGGAGUGAGGAAGAGAAGGAACGGGAACAGCUCAUGGGAGAUGUCCCUGCUGGUGAGCAUUGGGGACAGAGAAUCACCAGGGGGCUUUACAUUUCUGCUUUGGCGCAGCGGUUUGGGAUGGAGGAUGAACGACGAGGCGAUGAGAAGAUGACAUAUCGAUAUACCCUAUGA